AUGAAUUUUGGCUGGUUGUCGCUUUGUGUGUCCUUGUGGCUCCUGAAGUCAUUAUCCUUGGCGGCCGCAGAUUCACUGGAUCCACAGUGCAAUGAUCAGUGUGUGGACCUCUUGUCGCCCUUGAUGGAUCAUCUCCAACAGCUUCGGGAAUUAUCCGAUACGAAUGGCGAACUAAAGGACAUGGUGAAUACCAGGGAACUGGCCAACAAGGACCUGAAAAGCCAGCUAACUAUUGCUGAACGAGAUUUGGGAUCCCAGGAAAGAGUAUUAACUGCCCAAACUGAUGAAAUCAAGUAUCAGGCUCAAGUGAUCGCCUUUAAAGAUGAUAAAAUACAAACUUUGACUAAAGAUUUCAAUGAAGUGAAGGAUAAAUUGGAAAUCGUAAACCGUCACUUGAAAAGCCAAGAUGCCACAAUCAGUGAUCUGACCAAACAGUUGAACAAUCAAAAUGAACAGUUGAAGGACCAAAAUAAACUAAUCAACCAGGUGAAUAGUUUGACGCAAAGGGAGAAAAGCUUGGAAGGCAGGUUGGCAAGUGCCAUGUCCACCAACGACCUCAAAGAGAAGGCUCUCGAGAGGAAGGAUGAGCAGAUUAAGAAGCAAAAUCAACAGAUUUCGAUCAAGGAAAACCAAAUCAGCGGAUUGGACAGGCAAGUAAAGUCUAUUGACGAGAAGCUCGAUGAGGUAACCGAUGAACUGCUGAAGGCGAAUGGAACGGACAGGUGUCCCACUAACAAACCAAGUGGCAUUUACAAGAUCAAGCCAAGUGGUCUGAAGCACUUUGCAGUUCCCUGCAACACAACCGGUUGGAUGACGAUCCAGAAGCGUUUCAACGGUUCCGUGGAUUUCAAUAGAUCCUGGCAGGAAUAUAGGAAUGGGUUCGGUGAUAUCAAUGGCGAGUUCUUCCUGGGACUGGAGAAAGUCCACCAGAUGACCUCGGCUGUGCCGCACGAGCUUUACAUUCGACUAGGCACAGUCUACGGAGCCACCAGCUUUAUUCACUACGACAACUUCCAGAUCGGAAGCGAAUCCGAAUCGUAUAUGCUGAAAUCGCUGGGUGUUCACUAUGGCCCAGCUGGGGAUUCCCUGAAGUACCAUUUGCACGACAAGUUCAGCACCUACGAUCGCGAUAACGAUCUGGCCAGGGGCAACUGCGCUGUGGACCACGCAGGUGGAUGGUGGUACAAGGCCUGUUGCAUUAGCACCCUGAAUGGCAAAUUCUACAGCAAGGGCGUCAAGGGCAACGGUCCGCACGGAAUCCAAUGGGCCUCUUGGCAAAACUACGACUACGAUCUGUCGCUUACUCUUUCAGAAAUGAUGAUUAGGCCUAAAAGUGCCAAAAACUAA